AUGGCCUGCUCCUACUACAACCACCAGAGCUGCUCCUACUACAACCACCACAGCUUCUCCAACUACUACAACCACGGCUCCUCCAACUACUACAACCACCACAGCACCUCCAACUACUACCACCACAGCUCUACUCCAACCACAACAUCUUCUAAUCCAGUUUACAGUGUCAGUGUGCAGUUGAAUAAUGAAAAUUUCACAGUUGCACUAGCAGAUCCUGGAUCUCCUGAAUUUCAAGAGCUUCAGCAGCGAUUAAUAUCUGCAUGUGAAGCUAUCUACAGACCAAGAUUUCCCGAUCGUUUUGUCGGAUGCACUGUUCUAGGUUUCAGUGCUACAACCACAAGACAAGAAGGGGUUACAGCAAAUUUGGGAAUUGUUUUUAAUGGGACUGCUUCAGCUGGAAACCUCCCAACAAAUAAUGCUGUUUCUAAUGCUCUUGUUGAGGCUGCAAGUAACCCAAACAAUACCUUCAAUGUGAGCUUUAUUCCCUCUUCAGUUACAAUCAUAAGUAGUCCAGUUACAAAUACAACUACAACUGUUGCACCUACAACUGUUGCACCUACAACUGCAGCACCCACAACAGUUGCACCCACAACUACAGCAGUUGUAAAUCGAAAUGUGACUUUCAGAUCCGUGCAAAGCACUUUUACAAAUGAUUUACUGAAUUCAUCAUCUACAGCUUUUCAAAAUAGAACUGCCCUCAUAAAGGGACAGAUUGAUCCUCUUCUUCAAAGCGCAUUUCCGUCCUCAUUCCAAUCUUCAACAGUUGUUGCCUUCAGAAAUGGAUCUGUCAUCAAUGAAAUGAGCAUUGCAUUUACUAGCGCCAAUGCUCCCAAUGCCAGUGAGGUUGGACAAGUUUUCAUCAAUGCAUCUUCAACUGUAACUGGCUUUGACAUUGAGCAAAGCUCUGUCACCGUUGAUGGCACAACUAUAACUUCAAGUGGAGUCAGAACCAAGAUCAGUCUCAUCACAGCCUUCUGUCUGGUGCUGAUGUCAGGGCUACUGUCAAGCCAGUAAUGGCAUUAGUGCUGUUAACCAUCUGAAUUUCUAUGAGAAUAUGAUUGCCAUCACUGGUGUGAUA